AUGGUGGACGCAAUCCCAAAGCCUAUCAAGGACAUCUGGGACGCAUGGAGUAUCCGAAGUACCUUAAUCUUCAGUCUCAGCCUUCAAACAUUUCUCAUUUUCUUUGCACCUCAAAGAAAACGCACAUCCAGGAAAGUUCUACUCUCUCUCAUCUGGUCAGCUUAUCUUCUAGCUGACUGGUCAGCCAAUUUCGCCGUCGGACAGAUCUCAGAUAGUCAAGGAGACGAUCCAGAGCCCGGAGACCCGAAAAAGAACGGCGAGUUGUUAGCUUUCUGGGUUCCUUUCUUGCUCUUGCAUCUCGGUGGUCCAGACACAAUCACUGCUCUUGCUCUAGAAGAUAACGAGCUAUGGCUCAGGCACUUGUUGGGUCUUGCCUUUCAAGCAAUUGCAACCAUAUAUGUGCUUCUGCAGUCGUUACCCAACGGUCUUUGGAAACCCACUGUGCUGGUGUUUACGACAGGUGUGAUCAAGUAUGUCGAGAGGACAUUAGCCUUGUACCUGGCGAGUCUUGACAAGUUCAAGGAUUCCAUGAUUCAGCGGCCUGAUCCUGGACCAAACUACGCUAAGCUCAUGGAGGAAUAUGCCGCCAAGAAAGGUAUGAAGAUGCCUACACAGAUUAUCAAGAUCGAAGAGUCUGAGAAAGACCCAAAAGACAAUGCUAAGGUUAAGCCUGAGUUUCUAACUGAACUCAAUAUUCUCCAGUACGCUUAUAAGUACUUCAAUAUCUUCAAAGGUCUUGUGGUUGAUCUCAUCUUCACAUUUCAACAACGAGCUGAGAGCAAGCGGUUCUUUAGCGCGCUGACAGCAAAAGAAGCUCUAAGAAUCUUAGAGGUUGAGCUCAACUUCAUCUACGAAGCUCUUUACACGAAAGCGGAGAUUCUACAUAACUGGAUUGGAGUCAUCUUCAGGUUCAUUGCCCUGGGAUGCCUUAUCGCAGCCCUCCGCAUUUUCCAAUACAAGAAGAAGGAUGACUACGGUGACUUUGAUGUUGGCCUUACUUAUGCGUUGCUGAUAGGAGGAAUAGCUCUGGAUUCCAUUGCUCUUAUCAUGUUCUGUCUAUCUGACUGGACUUUUGUCAGAUUGAGGGAAAUGAAGGACGAGAUAGAAGAUGAAGACACCUGGGAAGACAAAACUCUCAACUGGUUUCUCGGAUUCAGGGGGUUGAAGACGGAGGUGUACAAAUGCUACAAGAGAAAGGAGGGUAAACCAGUCAAGGAACCUAACUGGUUCGUCAAGAUUCUAAACCGGGUCCUCGUAUUCUUGACAUUGAAGAAAAAUGAACCCACAAGCUCCAAGAGUACCAAGGACAAAACGUCUCGUGAAGUGGACAGUGAGCCCACAAGCUGGUUCGACAAGAUUCUCAGUUCCAUGGGGUUGGAGAAGAAGAAACUCACAAGCUCCGAGGGUACCGAGAUGAUUAGCAAGGAGGAAGGUAGCAAGAGUACCGAGGAGACUAGCAAGGAGGAAGGCAGCAAGAGCAACGGGAAGAGUAGUAAGGGUACCGAGGAGGGUAGCAAGAGUACCAAGAAGGAGGAGGGUAUUUCUAUUCUAGUUAUCUGGUACGACAAGAUCCUCAGUUCUAUGGGGUUGCAGAGGAAGAAGGAACAGGACGGCGACAAAACGUGUCAUAAAGUGCUCGACACUUUUUUCAUGACACGGAGGUGGUCUGAGUACGUGCAUGCACACAACUUGAUCGAAUACUGCCUAUCCAUAAAGCCGCAGCGAAUCCACCACACCAAGGGUUUGAUACACAUUUGCUUCGGCUGGCUUAUCAAAUUCUCUCUCAUUGGACCCGCCUUGAAAGGAAUUGGAAUAGUGAUUGCUUCCAUUUUCAACGGCAUAAAGAAGGGAAUCGGUAAGCUUUACAAGUGGAUCGACCAUAACAUAAGUCUCUUGUGCAAGAACAGAAGAUGGCUGCAUGAAGAUCGUAUUAGGUGGUGCAUCUACUGGUCAUUUUGCAUCCCUCACUUUCUUGGAUACCUGAUAAAAAGAUUCAUGGACUUCUUCGGGAUCCAAGCUCAGCUAGAUGAGGUGAUCUACACAUCCAGCGAUCGUCUCACCUUGGAGAUGUGGGAACACAUAUUCACAGAGGUUUUGAGAAAAUCCCGUUUCGCUGACGACUCAGAGAGCGCCACGAGGGUGUCUUCAGCUAGAGGUGACUGGACUCUGCGGGACAUACAAGGCGAAGAAGGCAAAGAAACAGAGAGAAAGCGCGAGAAGCUUCUACGCUAUGUGAUGGAAAUGGACUACGAUCAGAGCCUUCUUGUGUGGCAUAUCGCCACUGAGCUCUUAUACCGAACAGAGCUAGGCACCGAAGACAGCCACAGUGACCGUGAAUUCAGCAAAAUCCUCUCAGACUACAUGAUGUACCUCAUGAUGAUGCAGCCAACUCUCAUGUCAGCUGUUGCCGGUAUCGGAAAGAUAAGAUUCAGGGACACUUGCGAGGAGGCUACUAGGUUCUUCAGAAGGAGGCAUAUCAAAUCCGAAGAGAUAGUGAAAGCCAGCAUUGCCAUUCUAUCAGUGACGGCUCCUGCAAAAGCCGAACCUAUCGACGUGAAAGGUGACAGAAGCAAGUCAGUGCUGUUUGAUGGGAGCAUGCUGGCGAAAGAGCUAAAGGGUUUAAAAGAGCUUCAAGGCCUGAAGGAGCUUCAUGGCUUAAAGGAGGUCAAGGGAGAGACAUACAUGUGGAAAGUGGUGAGCCAAGUGUGGGUUGAGUUGCUUUCUUAUGCAGCAACUAACUGUGGCGCUAUCGAACACGCGGCUCAGCUGAGCAAAGGCGGAGAGCUCAUCAGCUUUGUUUGGCUAUUGAUGGCUCAUUUGGGAUUAGGAGACCAGUUCCAGAUCAACCAGGGAGAUGCCAGAGCCAAACUGAUCAUAGGCAAGUGA